CCGCCAAUGAAAACGUUGUUAACAACUACUGUCUUGUCAUCGAUAAUCAUAGCAGGCGAAGAUAAUGUGCAAAAGCGAAAAAGUUAAAUAGCGAAUCUAUUGAGUUAUUAUAGGUGAAGCUUGAAAGAUCCAAGUUAAGAAUGUCUGACUUGCCAAAGAUUGACAUUCCACAGAAGUCAGAAUGUGUGAAAGUUGUGGUAAGAUGUCGUCCACUAUCUGAGAAGGAAGUUCAGAAAGGUUAUGAAAGGGUGGUAGAGAUGAAUACUAAACAAGGAGUGAUAGAAAUUAGAAAUCCAAAUCUGCCUCCAUCAGAUCCAAAGAAAACCUUUACAUUUGAUACAGUUUAUGAUUGGAACUCUAAACAGAAAGAUUUGUAUGAGGAGACGUUUAGAGUCCUGGUGGAGAAUGUUUUACAGGGCUUUAAUGGCACUAUAUUUGCUUAUGGCCAGACUGGGACAGGCAAAACACAUACAGUGGAAGGUAUAAAGAAUGACCCAGAGCUGCGAGGUGUGAUACCUAACUCAUUUGAACACAUAUUUAGUCAUAUAUCUAAUUCAGAGAAUCAACAGUACCUGAUCAGAGCUUCAUACUUGGAAAUUUAUCAGGAGAAAAUACGGGAUUUACUGUCAGAGGACCAGAACAAACGAUUGGAGUUAAAAGAAAGGCCAGAUACGGGUGUAUAUGUGAAGGACUUGUCUUCAUUUGUAACCAAAAGUGUGAGAGAAAUCGAGCAUGUGAUGAAUGUUGGUAAUCAGAACAGAUCUGUCGGAGCUACAGACAUGAAUGAGCAUAGCUCUAGAAGUCAUGCCAUCUUUAUCAUCAACAUAGAGUGUAGUGAGAUGGGUGAGGAUGAAGAAAAUCACAUCAGAGUCGGACGUCUCAAUCUUGUUGAUAUGGCAGGUAGUGAGAGACAGGGAAAAACUAAAUCGGAGGGUCAGAGAUUAAAAGAAGCUACAAAAAUUGGUUUAUCUCUGUCACCCUUGGGUAAUGUGAUCUCGGCGCUUGUUGAUGGGAAAAGUACACACAUACCUUACAGAGAUUCAAAACUUACCAGAUUAUUGCAAGAUUCUCUGGGUGGAAAUGCAAAGACAGUUAUGGUAGCUAAUAUAGGACCUGCUGAUUAUAACUUUGAUGAAACUGUGAGCACUCUCAGGUAUGCAAACAGAGCAAAGAAUAUCAAGAAUAAGCCAAAGAUCAAUGAAGAUCCUAAAGAUGCCAUGUUGAGAGAAUUCCAAGAGGAAAUUGCAAGACUGAAAGCAGAUUUGGCCGGAAAGGGAGGGCCAAAGAAGAAGGUAAGGAGGAAGCAUGCAAGAAGAAAUGAAAAUGGGGAGAUAAUCAGUGAUUCUGAAGGUGAUGAUGAAGAUGAGGAGGAAGGAGAAGGGAGCGAGGCAGAUGCAGAACAAGCAAAACUUGAACAGGAGAAAGAAGCUAUCAUGAAUAACAAAAGCAUGAUCCAAACUGAAAAAGAUCAAGUAUUAAAUGAAAUUAAAGAGAAAGAAGCCAGAAUGAAGAAAGAAAAAGAAAGCAGAGAUCAGUUGGAAUCUAAAAUAAAGGCAAUGGAGAGUAAAUUGUUAAUGGGAAAUAUAGUGGAUCAUACCAACCAGCAGCAGAGAGCUUUGAAACAGAGAAAGGAAAUUGCUCAACAAAAGCAAGUGGAACGAGAUAUUCAGUGUUAAUUAGAGGAGAAGGAAGAAUCUGCUGUGGAACUCCAGGAGACCUACGUCUCUCUGGAAAAAGAAGUGAAAGUUGUAACCAAAAAGUUGAAAAAGGUAAAAGAAAGAAAAUGUUGAUGACUUUAGUUUUUACCAGUCUUCCAAUAGCAUCUGGCAUAUGACAAAAAAUUGUGAUAGUUAUUACUGCUGUUGUGAUUGGUCUGUUGUCAUCCCUUUCCCUGGCAUAAUGUAACUUCAGCUGCAGAUAAACCUGUAAAUUACAGAUUCAAUAUAAAUGGAAAUAUUUAGCAGCAUGCAGUAAGUCGAAGAGAAAGGAAGUGAGUAAAUCACGACCUAAAUCAGCCAAGAAAAUUAAUGUGCAUUCUUCACAAGUAUUUCCUAAAGCAAGAGGCCUUGUGAAGCAAUGAGAAACUGUUGUGAAAUAGUGAAAAACUAAUUUAAAAGUGAAGCAAUGAGAAACUGUUGUGAAAUAGUGAAAAACUAAUUUAAAAGUGAAGCAAUGAGAAACUGUUGUGAAAUAGUGAAAAACUAAUUUAAAAGUGAAGCAAUGAGAAAUUGUUGUGAAGCAAGGAGAAAUAUUGUGAAGCAAGGAGAAAUUAUUGUGAAACAGCGAAAAAUUUGUGAAAUGAAUAGAACUACCAGUGAAAAAAAGCCAGAAGAGAACUAUGCUAAUACUGGGUGUAAACCUCUGCUGAAAUAGCCAUAUGCAUCAUUUCAAAUAUUAUUUUGCAUAAUGACAAACCUGAUACAUUAAGAAUCAUUUCACAUAGUGCAUGUUUAUAUAGUGAUAAAACAAAUUCAUGAAGUAGAAAGCUUUUUGUGUUGGGAGUUCACAAAGAAAAUCUUUUGUAAGGUAUUUAUUCCAAAAUGUAGCAAACUUUUUGCUAACUUGAACAGUCCAGAUUAUGUGCAUUCAGUGUGUUACCACUGCAUGUUAAAGAGGUUUUGAACAUAGAAGCUGAUGUGGAAAUGCAACUUACUGGUGAUUAUGUUUGUCCUUAUAAAGAAAAUGAUAAUGAAGAACACCAAACAUUUACAGUUUUCAGUAUUUACAUUUAGUCUUCAUACUUUUAUGGGCAUCAUUAUAAGAUUAGUUUUCACUUAUGUAUUGAGGUAGAAAUCACUUAUAUUGUGCCUUUUAAUUCUCUAGAUUGUUAGUUCAUGGGCAUUUUAAAUUUUUUAGGGGCUUUUUAGCUCACCUGUCACAAAGUGACAAGGUGAGCUUUUGUGAUCGUGCAGCGUCCAUUGUCCAUCCGUCUGUCCGUGCGUGCAUCCGUGCGUAAACUUUUGCUUGUGACCACUCUGGAGGUCACAUUUUUCAUGGGAUCUUUAUGAAAAUUAGUCAGAAUGUUCACCUUGGUGAUAUCUAGGUCAAGUUCGAAACUGGGUUACAUGCGAUCCAAAACUAGGUUAGUAGGUCUAAAAAUAGAAAAACCUUGUGACCUCUCUAGAGGCCAUACUUUUCAAUGGAUCAUCAUGAAAGUUGGUCAGAAUGUUCAACUUGGUGAUAUCUAGGUCAAGUUCAAAACUGGGUCACGUGCCGUCAAAAACUAGGUCAGUAGGUCAAAUAAUAAAAAAACCUUGUGACCUCUCUAGAGGCCAUAUUUUUCAUGGGAUCUGUAUGAAAGUUGGUCUGAAUGUUCACCUUGAUGAUAUCUAGGUCAAGUUUGAAACUGGGUUACGUGUGGUCCAAAACUAGGUCAGUAGGUCUAAAAAUUGAAAAACCUUGUGACCUCUCUAGAGGCCAUACAUUUCAAUGGAUCUUCAUGGAAGUUAAUCAGAAUGUUUACCUUGAUGAUAUCUAGAUCAGGUUUGAAACUGGGUCAGGUGUCUUCAAAAACUAGGUCAGUAGGUCAAAUAAUAGAAAAACUUUGUGACCUCUCUAGAGGCCAAAUUUUUCAUGGGAUCUGUAUGAAAGUUGGUCUGAAUGUUCAUCUUGAUGAUAUCUUGGUCAAGUUUGAAACUGGGUCACAUGAGCUCAAAAACUAGGUCACUAUGUCAAAUAAUAGAAAAAAUGACGUCAUACUCAGUUCAAAACUGGGUCACGUGGGGACAGGUGAGCAAUUCAGGACCAUCAUGGUCCUCUUGUUAAAUGUGCAAUUGAUUUUUUUUGUAAGAUUAAUUUUAGUGGGUGACAUACUGUAGAUCAGGUUUUCACACAGACUUUAUUUUCUGAUUUCAUAGCCAGCAGAUGUAAUAACUCACUGUGUACUCACUGUAUUAACAUUUCGCAAAAACAAUCGUUUGUGUUUAACCAUAACUCUGCUAAAUUUCUAAAAUGGAAAUGGUCCAUCAUUCAAUUUUGGCAGGACCAUUUAUGAUUCAAAGGGGUGUUCAUUGAAAAUUUACUGACUGAAAAGCAAACAGUGCAGACCAAGAUCAGCCAGUACAGAUGUGCAGGCUGAUCUUGGUCUGCACUGGUUGCAAAGCCAAAAUCACUUAGUUGUAGUAGGCUAAAGACAUGAAGCAGAUUAUAUUUCUUGAUUAUUGGCAUUAUUUUCGAAUAUAUGUGAACAAAGAUUGUAGUGAAUAUUACAUGUACCCAGUCUAAAAGUAGUUCACAUUUACCUAGUCUAAAAGUAGUUCUUGAUUGUGUAUAUAAGAAUAGUAAGAGUUACAUUAUUGGGUCCUUUUUUGAAAUAUGCACAUAAAAAUAAUCUCCCAAAAAGUUUAAAUUUUGCGAUAAUGAAUGAUAUAAAAUGAAAUUCAGAGAUAUUGUCAUUUAGUAAAAACAUUCAACACAGGUGCACUUCUUUUGAAUUGUCUAAUAUUAUUUUGCAGCAGAUGCUGAAUUAAGUCAUAUAUUGUGACCUUUUUGAUAAGCUUUUUUAUGUCGAUGCAGAUAUCCACUUUUUAUGCUGAGGUGAGGAAUUAUACAUUGUAACAUGUAUGCCUAACAUGUGCUCUUUUAUCACCAACCACAAAAUGACUGUGAUAUAUAUCCAUAUAAAUUUAUACAUGACAUUAUUGUACAUAUUUUUCUCAUUAUAUUUAUUACUAAAUUUAUUCCAAAAACUUGCCUUUAUCAUAAUUAUAUUGUAAAAUGAUUGGCAUUCUUGUAAAAAAAAGUAAUCAUAUCAUCUUGUGCUUAGAAUGUAUAAAUUUUUGUUUGUAUUUUAUUUUGAUGGUUUGUAUUAUUUCUGAGAAAUGAUACUGGAAAAAUAGUGCCAGAGUUUCUAACCCAUCUCUUGCUAUUUUUUUUAAAUGGACUGCUCCAUCUUUCAAUUUAGACAAUACCAUUUAUAGUUAAUAUGAGUCUUAAUGAAAAAUUUACUGACUGAAUAGCGAACAGUGCAGAUCAUGAUCACACUGCACUGAUGUGCAGGCUGAUCUUGACUUGCACUGGUCGCAGAGGCAGAUACAAUUGCAACUAGUAAGCUAAGUGUUAAUCUCUUUCAUAGUGUUGUCAUUUCUGACCUUACAGUCAAUGCCAACAAAGUAGUAUGUCUGCAAUGAAGAAUAACAGAAAACUGUUAAGUCCCAAGGUUAUAAAUCAAACCAAAGAUGAUGUCAAGUGGAAAGUUGGACAGUCUGAAUCAUUUUACUUUAGGAUGCAGGAUAAUAUUGAAAAACUUAACUAUUUGUUUUGUCUAUUUGUUGAAAGAUUUAAAUUUACAGUCCAGUCCCAAGUUACUAGAUGCAGAAAGUGUUUUGUAUUGAGCUACAGCCAAAAGACAGAAACAGUAUGUCUACUUCAGACAGGUUACUGCUUAAGGUCGUACAUAUUGAAAUUAGAACAAAAUAUCAGUUAUGGGAAGUGGGCUCAUUGAAAAGUGGCUGUUUGAUAAGGGGGCCAGCUGAGGCAAGUUCAAUGGUAUAUUAGAAUUUUAGUGGAAUAAUUUAGGUUGAUAUUUCUAAAAGUAAAAUCCUAUUGACCAUACAAGGGUGCAUGGAAUUUUGAAAUUUUACUUGGGGCAUUGACAAACUUUAUGUGAAAGCUUCUGCAGUAGAAGUGGAAGAAUGAUGACUAUGUGUGGGAGACUGCCAAAGUUUCUGUGACAAAACUUAAGUGUGAAAAUUUCUUGCAGUAAAGUGAUAUAAAUGUCAAAAAUAUCUGUGAAAGGUUUACAUUUUCAUAGACGUUCUGUUUACAUCUCCCAUUUUGUAAGUUAUGUGUUUGGCGGGACUUAAUUUCAUGGAUUGACCCAACAGGAAAAUUAGUUCCCUCAGAAACUGAAGGAUCUCACAGUAUUUGAUACAGAUUAAAAUUGAAAAUAUUUAUGAAUGGUACAAAAAAUGUUGAGUGUCUAUUUGUUUGUUUGUUUUUUUGGGGUUUUUUUUGUUUGUUUUUUUUUCAUUUUGUUUUGUACCUUCAAUGCCAUUGUUAUUCCAUUGUGCCUGAUUGUUAGUUAUCUUAUUGAUGUGCGAGAUGACUGUAAAUUGCUGCAAGGUUGUGAAAUAGAUUGAACAGAUUCUCACAUAUCUGAAUAUUAUUGUACAUGUAUAGGUGUUUGCUUGGUGGCAUACUAUUUACUUUAUUUCAUAUUCUGUUGACUGGCUAACAAAAUGGUUGUGUACUUUCAAUUAUUUGCAUAUUUUGAUACGUAUAGUGAAAGUAAUGCUGUUAAUGUAGUUAUGAUGCUAUUGGCCAUUGUAACAGAGCGCAGAGAAAGGUCAGUGUUAUAUCUUCUUUUGAAUUUGAAGUUUAUUUUGCAAACUUCCUUAAUAUAUAGAGUUAAAAGGGAACAAGCAAUUGUGGGUUGUGUAAGAUGAAUUGCACCAAUUUUGUGUAAUUUGUCUGUAUUAUUUGGAUAAUUUUUCAGUAUCAGUCAUCUAAUUUGUCAGAAUCAGCCAUUAAAGAAUCUGAAGUGCCAAACUUUUAUUUGGCGUAGCAGUGUAUAAAAGAAAAACUAAAUUUGAAAUUUUGGCACAUUUGCUGUAUAAGGGUUUGUGCUUUAUGCUGUUAAAAAAUGCAGAAAAGUUAGAUUAUUAUCCACUAAUCUUGGGCAUCAACAAAACACUUUGUUUUAUUAGCUCACCUGUCACAAAGUGACAAGGUGGGCUUUUGUGGUCGCGCAGCAUCCGUCGUCCGUGUGUGCGUGCGUGCGUAAACUUUUGCUUGUGACCACUCUAGAGGACACAUUUUUCAUGGGAUCUUUAUGAAAAUUGUUCAGAAUGUUCACCUUGAUGAUAUCUAGGUCAAGUUCGAAACUGGGUCACGUGCGGUCAAAAACUAGGUCAGUAGGCCUAAAAAUAGAAAAACCUUGUGACUUCUCUAGAGGCCAUAUUUUUCACAAGAUCUUCAUGAAAGUUGGUCUGAAUGUUCACCUUGAUGAUAUCUAGGUCAAGUUCGAAACUGGGUUACGUGCCAUCAAAAACUAGGUCAGUAGGUCAAAUAAAAGAAAAUCCUUGUGACCUCUCUGGAGGUCAUAUUUUUCAUGGGAUCUGCAUGAAAAUUGGUCAGAAUGUUCAUCUUGAUGAUAUCUAGGUCAAGUUUGAAACCGGGUCAACUGCGGUCAAAACCUAGGUCAGUAGGUCAAAUAAUAGAAAAACCUUGUGACCUCUCUAGAGGUCAUAUUUUUCAUGGGAUCUGCAUGAAAAUUAGUCAAAAUGUUCAUCUUGAUGAUAUUUAGGUCAAGUUUGAAAUUGGGUCACGUCCGAUCCAAAACUAGGUCAGUAGGUCAAAUAAUAGAAAAACUUUGUGACCACUCCAGAGGCCAUAGCUUCAUGGGAUCUACAUGAAAGUUGGUCUAAAUGUUCAUCUUGAUGAUAUCUAGGUCAAAGUUGAAACCGGGUCAACUGUCAAAACUAGGUCAGUAGGUCUUAAAAUAGAAAAUUCUUGUGACCUCCCUGGAGGUCAUAUUUGUCAUGGGAUCUGUAUGAAAAUUGGUCAGAAUGUUCAUCUUGAUGAUAUGUAGGUCAGAUUCGAAACUGGGUCAUGUGCAGUCAAAAACAGGGUCAGUAGGUCAAAUAAUAGAAAAACCUUGUGACCUCUGUAGAGGCCAUAUUUUUCAUGGUAUCUGUAUGAAAAUUGGUCAGAAUGUUCAUGUUGAUAAUAUCUAGGCCAAAUUAUAAACUGGGUCGCAUACGGUCGAAAACUAGGUCAGUAGGUCAAAUAAUAGAAAAACCUUGUGACCACUCUAGAGGCCAUAGUUUUCAUGGGAUCUGCAUGAAAGUUGGUCUGAAUGUUCAUCUUGAUGAUAUCUAGGUCAAGUUUGAAACCGGGUCAACUGCGAUCUAAAACUAGGUCACUAGGUCUCAACAUAGAAAGACCUUUAAUGUUGAAAAACGGCGUUAAACCCAAAACAAAAAAAAAAACAAAAAAAAAAAAAAAAAGAAA